UAGACACAAGAAGCUGCACUCUGCUUUCAUGGACAUUUGUCCCCACUUCGGAUACAUCACACUUGUAGUGCGCUAGUGAACAUAAUAGGACAAAUACAGAUCCAUUGGACUGGAAUAGUAAAUAGCUGCAAAUGAGUUUGUAGAUGCUGAUAAUCUCAAAAGUCUGUAUUUCUUUUCAGUUCUCCAUAUUGUUAGCAAUAGGAUGUACAUUGUACAGGGAGUGGGUUGCUCAGUGGAGUACCUUGUAGUGUUUAGUUAGAGUGGAAGUUAAGGGACAAAAAUAGUGUAUCAAUAUGUUCUUAUUUUGUGAGGAGAUAGCUCAAACAAUGGUGAAUUUCCUCUGACCUCUGCAAGUUCAGGAAAACAAAGUUUGCAUUUGAGAGGUGCAUGUUCUUUCCCUUUCUCUCUCCGUCCUCCUGUCUCUCUUUCUGCUUGCUCCUUAUUUCUGCACAGCGCAGAAAAGUCUCUCAGGCAAAGGCCGGGUGAACAUGGGUGUCCUCCCCCCUUUCCUCCCCCCCUUCCACCCCCAGAAGGUUGUCUAGAAGAGUAAGAGUGAUGCUUCUCAUUAGUCAAAGCUUCCGUCGCCUUCCCUGAUUGGCGCUGGAGAACUGAUGCUGAGCUGGGGCUCAGGGACAGCAAGAAGCAUCCCGGCAAUAAAAAGGGGGGCACAAGGAGAACUGGUUUCCAAAGGGGGAAGGACUUGAAGCUCCCAAGCCAACGGGGAAAACCCUUCCCAACCCUUCCAGAAAUAAAAGGAGAGGCCAGAGCAGUGGCAGAGAGCAGAGAGAAGAAGGACUUGCAACUUUUUUGUGUCUGUCCAGAAAAAACAAGUGGAGAAGUGGAACCAAGGAAAUUGAGAAUUCCUUGCUCAGGUUCCUGCCGUAAAUAAUGGAGUGGCGGCUUCUGGGACUGGCUCUGUGCCUCAGUUUGGCUGACUCAGGUUCUGCUGAUUGUGGCAGUCAAUGCUCUCUGUGCGCUCUUCACAGCCAGGAUGGGGAGAAGUCCAUCAGCCCCUUGAUCUGCUCCUUGGAGUGCCAAGGUGUGUUGCUGUCCACUGAGGCCUGGGCAAAGUGCAGGAAGGGCCUGUCCACCUUCCCCCCUUUCCUGAUGGAGGGCGAGUCCAAAAGAUGGCCUCAAGCCGAGGAAGAGGAGAAGGCUGAACAGGAAGGUGACCCCAGCUUCUGGGAGGAGGUCUCUCCUGGGCCCGUUAAACGCUAUGGUGGUUUUAUGAAGAAGCUGGACAGGAACAAACUCUUGUCUCUAUUCCGGGAGAACGCCCUGACCAAGGGGGGCAUCAGUAAGAAGUAUGACGGAUUCUUCCAGAAGGUUGGAGGGCGAGCAGCCUCUGAGGCCGGGAGAGAUGAGGAUUAUCCCACGGCUCUGGAGACGGGGACCCUGGACUUCAACGGGGCGAGACCAGAUACCGGGUUUCUCAAGGAGGAGAUGAAACGUUACGGUGGCUUCCUCCGCAAAUAUCCCAAGAGAGGGUCGGAAGGGGACACUGCCGAGGACGGCAGCCAAGAGCUGGAGGACCUGCACAAACGUUACGGGGGCUUCAUGCGCAGGAUCCGGCCCAAGCUCAAAUGGGACAAUCAGAAGCGCUACGGCGGGUUCCUGCGGCGCCAAUUCAAGGUGACAACGAGGUCGGAAGAAGAGCCCAACGCCUAUUCAGGGGAGGUCUCUGACUUAUAGAGGCGGCAGAAGACCAGUGCUUCUCCUGCAAAAUACUUCCAAGUACGGACUCUGUGGAUUAAACCCAACCCCAACCACUCACCCCUCCCCCUUCCCUCCCCAGUGCUUUGCCAAGCAGUGCAGGGACAUGAUCCUGGAAAUCAUGAAGCCCGGAGCAUG